GAUAAAGCGGGCCACUCACACACCUGCCGCAGGGGCAAUACCGGUCGCACGGCGGUUGGAGCAAUUUUAGGCUAUUUUCUACACACUAGCCUGCCACUCAGUGUGUAAGUGAUAGCCCCGCUGAACGCACGUCGACGAGAAUGGCUCCUGUGUUAUCAAAGCAACUAUUGUAAAAGGAAAAUAAUAUAUUAUUACACUUAAAUAUAGGUAUUUGCAAAGGAAAUACUGACCUUUUUCAACUCACGCGAGUAAGACGUGCGUAUGUUUUCAAUAUUUUUUUUUUAAUUUGUAAUGUCUACACCGUUGGCGAGUUCGCGAUAUAUUUCGAACAUUAAUUCGAAAGUUUGGUUUGGCGUGUCGCGGUCAGAAUAUUUUUUGUUUUUUUUUAUCCCACAUGGGUCCGGCCUUUGUUUACAUCUAUUCAUCCGUGUCCAAAUUUCACGUUCUUUAUUCAUUGUGACAAGUGACCUCCGUUUGGUUCGGUAGUCGCCAAUGAACUGACUGGAAUUGCCCCAAUCGUACUACACAUGUAACAACCUAGCAGGGCGGUAGAUACAAUCUAGGGAGCUAGGAAGGUCUUGCGCCCCUGCCGCCCUGCUGCAGGCCCAAUCUAAAAAUUGCCCCUGCUUCUCUACACACAUCACAAUUAAGGGGGCAAUUAAGGGUCCAAUUCCAAUAUUGCCCCUGCGGCAGGUGUGUGAGUGGCCCGCUUAAGACACGGCUAGUAUAUGAAUCUCUGGAGUGACAGGAUAUAUUAACGGUGUAACGAAACGUAAUUUCCAAAUUUCUCGUCACUGUCAGGUGUCAGCACACUUCACGCUGCGCUAAGAAAUUUUUGGCUUUAAAUUAUCAUUUCAGCUGUAAUAUCUACAAACUCAACAGAAGAGUAAUUACUAAUAUCAUAGUAACAGUGUGUUAUCUUGUUAUUGCUAUACCUUCAGCAUGAGCAAGUUACCGUGCAUCUUUCGUUAAAUCAUUGACGGCUUGAUGGUUGAUCCGGCUACAUAUCAACGGUCGCAAUGAGUGAUACUGUAGAUGUUGUGGACUUAGUGUCUAAAUUAUUAGAUUCAGGAAAGUAUAAAGAAGUUCUCAGUGUUCAUAAUGAAGAAAAAUAUGCGAGCAGUUUCAAGGAAAAUUGUUGGGACAUGAUCUCGAUAGCUGUAGGCAAGAUACAAGAUGAGACCAUAGUUAUAAAGCCUUCACUGUACAGCACUUGUGAAAAACUGCUGGCUAUUAUUAUCCAGAAAGCAACGCCAGAAGAAGCACUACUGGAGUUUAUAGAACAAGUGGAAGUGGCUAAGAAUGAUGCUCAGUUUGGAAUAGUUCUUACUCCACUGCAACAGCUUCUAAAGAAACUGUCGGCUAAAAGAGGGAGAUCCCUGGAGUGGAGCUUAAAUUCCAUAAGUACCUACAUUGAAAAUAUUCCCACACCUGAAUUUCUGCUGGAGGGCAAGGCACGCUUACUGGCAGAGUGUGACCCUAAUAUCAGGAGGAUAAUUCGAGUUUACUCCUUGAUACCUCCAUUUUAUCAACCCUUUAUUGAAGAAUUAAAAGCACCUGAAUGUAAUGUUAGAACCAAACAGAUAAUAGCUGCAUUUUUAAUUAGCCUCCUUGGCAAACCUUUGAUCUAUUUGGAUUUGGAUAUUGAAAACAAUGAACAAAGUGAAGCUAGACUAUGCUGCACUACAAUUGUGAAAGAUAUCUGUUCAUUGGAGAAAAACAUACUGAAGUUUCUUGAAUAUGUUGAAAUUUGUAACAAAAACAAUACCAAGUCUAAAUUAUCUGAGAGUGAUGAAGAAAAACCACCUUAUGAUCAUAAAGAGAAACUGAAUAUGCUUACACUUUCAGGCUUGUACUAUGUUGUCCUAUCUUCACAAUUUGAUUUGCCUGACAAUGUUAUACCACAAGUCUAUGCUACAGAAUACAUUGUGCAUACUGGGAUGCUGUGUGUCAUUUAUUUACUGAAUUGCCCAGAAUAUGGCCCACAGUCCAAAGGAUUGACCUUAUGUGAGGCUCUUGUGAAGAGAUUAUCAACAAAUGCUUCUCACACUUUAUUAUCAGCCGCAGUUCAUUUCAAUUUAUGCAAGGCAUUGAUUAAUGUAGCUAUAUUUGCAUCAUAUGACAGUCUUAGAAAAACUGCAGUGAAUACCAUCCGCAAGCACAUUAACUGUUUUGAAUAUGGCGGAAGAUGCAUGUUGAUCAAAUACAUCAUUUCAACUUCAAAUCAUACAGGAAUGAUUGGAUAUGCCAUAACCCUUCUUAAGAAUGCUAUAGAUGAUGCAUUUAAAGAUACUGAAAUGCCAGCAUGUUUCACUUACCCUCAAAUGAUGGAUUUGAUUAAAAAAGUGUGUCAUAUGCCUCAUGGAGCACAAUCAGAUCUGAUGGAACUGAGUGAUCAAAUAUUAUCAGUGUUAAACUUCCUAAGGUAUUUAGUUUUAAGAGACAAAGCAAAUGUUACUGGAAUCAAAGAGUGUUACUCAUACAUAGAGUCAGACUAUCUAAGUACUUUGAGGAAUGCAUUAAAUUUAUCAAAAGCACACUAUGAAGUUAAACUGAAAGAUGUGAAAGAGGGUACAGGCCUUGUAGAAACCAAAAUUUCUAUCAAUGUUGGUGGAAAUCCAUUGGAUAGCAUACCUGAUGAACAAAAGAUUGAAAUAAUAAAUUCUGCUCUGAAUUGUUUCCAUUUAAUGGAUGGUCUUGUGGCACGUUUAUCUGAAUGUAUCACUGUCAACAUAUAAAUAUCUUAUACCUUUAAACGAGCAAUUCUUGUAUAUAUAAUUAUAUGUAUAUAUAUUUCCGGGAUCUCGGAAACGGCUCUAACGAUUUUGCUGAAAUUUGGUAUAUGGGGGUUUUUGGGGGUAAACAAUCGAUCUAGAUUAGUCUUAUGUUUGGGAAAACGCGUGUUUUCGAGUUUUCAUGCGUUUUUCUUUCGACGCAGAAUAUGGUCGCUAAUUUCGUGUUGCCGGCCACUGUCCGUCUGGUCCAGCGGGUUAAGACGCGGACUGCUAAACGAGUGUUACGGGUUCGAAUCUCGCCCGGUGACUAACUUUUUUUUUUAUAUGUUCAAGUUUAUAUAUAAUUUUUUAAUUUUUAUUGUUUUAGACAAGUUUAAUGUAGUAAAAAAAUGUAGUUAAGAUUAUCACCUAUACACCACCAUAUUACAAUAAAUAGUUAUAACCGAGCAAUGCUCGGUCGCCCAGGUACUAUUGUUUUGUAAGAGUAUUUUUGAAAUAAAUAAGUACUACAUUUGAAUGUU